UUAUAUACGGUACUCUACUGUUAGUAAUCUUGCCUAGUUUUAAUAAAUAGUUCAAACUCCUUGGUUUUCUCUUUAAACUCUGUUUUGAACUAGUGUAUUAGUACCGCUCACUGUACAGUUUUAUAUAAGGGAUUGUACAUAGGUUAUGCUUUUGUGCCCUUGUAUUUCCAGUGUGUGUGUGUGUGUGUAUGUAAGUUUAACUAAGGCUGUGAUUCAAUCCGAGGGAGACAAUGGCCCAUUUGAGUGGAAAUAUGCCUGGGUUUACCAUGACUCUCCAUAAACAAACAUGAGAACGUUUUUUAAAAAAAGGCUGCAUUGUGUUCAACCUGAAACUGGAUUGAAUCCCGGCCUUUAACACACAGCUUCAAUGCCAUUAACCGGUAACUACCAGUAGCUGGCAUGAUAUUACUACCAGUAACCAGCAGAGCGAGCUAUAUCUUUCUGUGGACAAUAGCAGCUUAACUUGUAUUUCAACUUUAUUUUUUAUUUUUUUACAAAACCAUUUAUCCUUCUAGUUAUCAAUGGCUAAAGAAACAACGAUUUAGAACAAAUUGUUCAAUAGAAAUGGAGAAAUUGGUCAAACAUGAAUAAAAAUGUCUUUGUGUUUAUUUUAUAUAUUUCACAGUGUAUUUAUUUCUGCAAUGGGGACUAUACAAAAGUACAAUUGUGUUAUUGUAAAGUAGUCAUCUCUCACUUUGGAGCGUCAUAUCUUGUCUGUACACAGGAAGGAGAUACUCAAUUGUGUUAUUGUUAUUGUAAAGUAGUCAUCUCUCACUUUGGAGCGUCAUAUCUUGUCUGUACACAGGAAGGAGAUACUCAAUUGUGUUAUUGUUAUUGUAAAGUAGUCAUCUCUCACUUUGGAGCGUCAUAUCUUGUCUGUACACAGGAAGGAGAUACUCAAUUGUGUUAUUGUUAUUGUAAAGUAGUCAUCUCUCACUUUGGAGCGUCAUAUCUUGUCUGUACACAGGAAGGAGAUACUCAAUUGUGUUAUUGUUAUUGUAAAGUAGUCAUCUCUCACUUUGGAGCGUCAUAUCUUGUCUGUACACAGGAAGGAGAUACUCAAUUGUGUUAUUGUUAUUGUAAAGUAGUCAUCUCUCACUUUGGAGCGUCAUAUCUUGUCUGUACACAGGAAGGAGAUACUCAAUUGUGUUAUUGUUAUUGUAAAGUAGUCAUCUCUCACUUUGGAGCGUCAUAUCUUGUCUGUACACAGGAAGGAGAUACUCAAUUGUGUUAUUGUUAUUGUAAAGUAGUCAUCUCUCACUUUGGAGCGUCAUAUCUUGUCUGUACACAGGAAGGAGAUACUCAAUUGUGUUAUUGUUAUUGUAAAGUAGUCAUCUCUCACUUUGGAGCGUCAUAUCUUGUCUGUACACAGGAAGGAGAUACUCAAUUGUGUUAUUGUUAUUGUAAAGUAGUCAUCUCUCACUUUGGAACGUCAUAUCUUGUCUGUACACAGGAAGGAGAUACUCAAUUGUGUUAUUGUUAUUGUAAAGUAGUCAUCUCUCACUUUGGAGCGUCAUAUCUUGUCUGUACACAGGAAGGAGAUACUCAAUUGUGUUAUUGUUAUUGUAAAGUAGUCAUCUCUCACUUUGGAGCGUCAUAUCUUGUCUGUACACAGGAAGGAGAUACUCAAUUGUGUUAUUGUUAUUGUAAAGUAGUCAUCUCUCACUUUGGAACGUCAUAUCUUGUCUGUACACAGGAAGGAGAUACUCAAUUGUGUUAUUGUUAUUGUAAAGUAGUCAUCUCUCACUUUGGAGCGUCAUAUCUUGUCUGUACACAGGAAGGAGAUACUCAAUUGUGUUAUUGUAAAGUAGUCAUCUCUCACUUUGGAACGUCAUAUCUUGUCUGUACACAGGAAGGAGAUACUCAAUUGUGUUAUUGUUAUUGUAAAGUAGUCAUCUCUCACUUUGGAGCGUCAUAUCUUGUCUGUACACAGGAAGGAGAUACUCAAUUGUGUUAUUGUUAUUGUAAAGUAGUCAUCUCUCACUUUGGAGCGUCAUAUCUUGUCUGUACACAGGAAGGAGAUACUCAAUUGUGUUAUUGUAAAGUAGUCAUCUCUCACUUUGGAGCGUCAUAUCUUGUCUGUACACAGGAAGGAGAUACUCAAUUGUGUUAUUGUUAUUGUAAAGUAGUCAUCUCUCACUUUGGAGCGUCAUAUCUUGUCUGUACACAGGAAGGAGAUACUCAAUUGUGUUAUUGUUAUUGUAAAGUAGUCAUCUCUCACUUUGGAACGUCAUAUCUUGUCUGUACACAGGAAGGAGAUACUCAAUUGUGUUAUUGUUAUUGUAAAGUAGUCAUCUCUCACUUUGGAGCGUCAUAUCUUGUCUGUACACAGGAAGGAGAUACUCAAUUGUGUUAUUGUUAUUGUAAAGUAGUCAUCUCUCACUUUGGAGCGUCAUAUCUUGUCUGUACACAGGAAGGAGAUACUCAAUUGUGUUAUUGUUAUUGUAAAGUAGUCAUCUCUCACUUUGGAGCGUCAUAUCUUGUCUGUACACAGGAAGGAGAUACUCAAUUGUGUUAUUGUUAUUGUAAAGUAGUCAUCUCUCACUUUGGAACGUCAUAUCUUGUCUGUACACAGGAAGGAGAUACUCAAUUGUGUUAUUGUUAUUGUAAAGUAGUCAUCUCUCACUUUGGAGCGUCAUAUCUUGUCUGUACACAGGAAGGAGAUACUCAAUUGUGUUAUUGUUAUUGUAAAGUAGUCAUCUCUCACUUUGGAACGUCAUAUCUUGUCUGUACACAGGAAGGAGAUACUCAAUUGUGUUAUUGUUAUUGUAAAGUAGUCAUCUCUCACUUUGGAGCGUCAUAUCUUGUCUGUACACAGGAAGGAGAUACUCAAUUGUGUUAUUGUUAUUGUAAAGUAGUCAUCUCUCACUUUGGAGCGUCAUAUCUUGUCUGUACACAGGAAGGAGAUACUCAAUUGUGUUCUUAAAAUAUUCUGUUAAAUAAAGAUGACUUUGAUUUGG